CGUACCAGAGUCGUUUCUUCCGUGCUGUCGGCAUUGGUUUAAAGUGUGAAUUAAAUGUUCGGCUUUCUUUAGAGUGUUUACUGCAAUAUUAUGUAAUUUUAUGUAUCGCGAUCAAACCCAGAUCUUUCGCAUCUUCGGGCAAAGCUUCAAAUGAUUUGUUUUAACUUUGCAAGGGUUUGCAAAUAUUGACUUCCACAGAAAACAUCAAUUACAAGACUGGAGUUAAUAGAAUCUAAGCCAGACUUGACAACUCCCAACAUGUCAGUUCAUUCUAAAGGGAUCUCCAAGAGAAGAAGGCUGGUGAAAAGAACUACUAGUAUACAUUGUAAUAAUAUUGGUAUUGACAAGAAAGUUUGUAACUUUUGUGAAAGUGAUGAGAACAAUGAACUGACAUUAGGAGCCUUUCAUCAGAAAGGAGAUGUCACUGUACAUUAUUUUUGUAUGCUUUUGAGUAGUGGACUAUUUCAAAAGACAAAGAUAUCUGACAAAAACAGCAUAUUAGGAUUUUUACUGCCGGACAUUCAAAAUGAAAUAAGGAGAGGGAAAAAAUUGAAUUGUUGUUUUUGUAACACAAAAGGAGCAACAAUAGGAUGUUGUAAUGGGAAAUGUAAAAAGAAUUUCCAUUUGAUCUGUGGUAUACAAAAUGGUGUGCUAAGCCAAUUUUUUGACAAUUACAGGUCUUACUGCGCAGACCACAGAAAGACACAGUCAUUGGUGAAAACCUUGAGUAAAGGCUCCUCCAAGAAAGAGUGUGCUAUUUGCUUGACCAGUAUUGAAUUCACUGCUACAUCACACUACUCACUUGUGUGCCCCAGUUGCAAGCAUUGUUAUUUUCAUAAAACUUGCAUACAGAAAUAUGCAAUAUCCGCUGGCAUGCAUUUCUUUAAAUGUCCACUCUGCAAUGAAAGAGAGACAUUUCAAGAAGAAAUGUUAGAAUUUGGUAUUUACAUUCCUGAUCAAGAUGCUUCAUGGGAGAGAGAGCCUGAUGCAUUUCAUGAUUUGCUGGAAAGACAUGACUCCUGUGAUGCCCGUUAUUGUAGAUGUCCUUAUGGCAGGAAGUAUGAUGCUGAAUUUGGUAAAUAUGACCUGCUACUUUGUGGUUGCUGUGGAUCAGCUGGGUCACACCGUGCAUGUAAUGGCCUCUUUCCAAAGGACAAUCUCUUUGUUUGUAAAGACUGUUUAGAAAUUUUGAACACAGUUAAUUCAAAUACCCAACAGUGUGAUACCACAAAGGAUCAAGAUGCUCUCCACCUCAGCUGCAGUUCAACCCAGGAGAAGACUACUGCUGGACGGGCCACUUCUCGCAGUCGAAAGAGGGCACACCCUGCUGAUGAGGUUUCAGGCAGCAGUUGUUAUUCUCAGCAAAUUGGCAUACCAGCAUGUUUCAAGGGCAAGUCUUCAAGAUGUAGCCCUCCUAAAAAUUCUUGUGUUUUUGUUUCUGGUGAAAUGCUUUAUGAACUUAAAAAAAUCAAGUCGUGUCCUUUCUGCUGUUUUGUGCUAUUAAGGGUUGAUCAUCAAGAGCACUGCAUAUCGCAUAGAGAAAAAAAUAUAGAAACUAUUAGACCACCAUCACCAAAAAAAGUCAAAUUGAAGACACAUUCUGUACAAGAUUUAGAUAGGUGUUGUUUACCCCCACCUCCUUUGAUUUACAUGGGGGAUUUGAACCAAGCUGCAGACAACAUAAUAGAAGAACCACCUACAUUGAUGGCUCAAAACAUCUCAUAGAAUGGUCUCUCAUUUUAUAAGAUGGGCAAAUCAGACAGAUAAUGGAGUUAAUCUUUGGGCUUGAGUUACUUCUUCCUUGUGUCUGUGUUGCUGUUUUUUCAUCUAGAUAUUGGUUCCCUUCAUUUUGUUGAGGUAUGGACAUUAUAUGCUCAGAAUGUGUCGUGUUUGAGGUACUACAGUGAUGUAGGCCAAACCAUUCAUGCUCAGAUGAAUACUUCUGAAGUAACACUAAUUCCUCCCCUUCCUCUGACCCAUAUUCUAAGCAUCUAGUCCUAUCCUACUGUUUAAAUGUACACAAUACACUUGACUUUUCCUGUUUCACAUUGUUGUUUUUUUAGAUUGAAAGCUAAUUAUAAAUUAUAUAGGUACCGGUACAAGGCAUAUGCUUUAAAAGUUUUACAGGGACUGAAUUAUUGUUCAACUUACGUCUGUUUGCACACGUUUUUUAAAGUAAUUUAACUAUCUUUUUGCAAAACAUUUUUUUUUUUUUCUAAAUUUUUUAAUUUUAAAUAACAUUCUUAUUCCUUAAGAUUUUAUUCAGAGAAAAAAUUGAGGUAAACUCAUAUUGUGUAGAUUUUAUGAAUAUUGUAAUUUGAAUAGGAAAAAAAUGUGUAUGUUGUUUAUUUGUUUUGCUACCGGUAUGUGUUUUUUUUUUUGUUUUUUUGGGCCUUUGUUUGCUGCCAUAAAUUAAACAUUUUUAAUGUGUAUGGGCGAAUGUUAUACACUAACUCUUAUUAUAUAUUUAUUUAUAUAUUGGCUGAUUGUACAAAGCUUUGCAUAGCAAGCAAAAUUGCUGAUAGUUAAUGGCACAAAUAGUUUAUCCUGACUGAAUGUGGUGGUUUAUUUAUUAUUUUUUUUUUAAGUGAUAAAAUUAGUAGGAAAGGAAAGAAUUUAUUUAGAUUUCUUGUGAUACAAAAAAAAAAUUGUGUCCUUUGCUCUUAAAAGGUUUAAUGUUUUU